CUUGGGGGUUGUGGAGACACCCUCAGAACAACGGUCUGUCCUUCUACAGCCGUGUGGCAGAGAACUGUGAGGAGGUGGCCCACUUUAAUGAGACAUUUCGAUGGCCCUUUGCCAGCAGGCUGGAUGGAAACGAGAUGCUGGAGAUCCAAGUGUACAAUUACAGCAAAGUCUUCUCCAACAGACUGGUGGGGACCUUCUGUAUGGUACUUCAGAAGGUGGCUGAAGAGGGACACCUGGAGCUGACCGACACGCUCAUCGAUGAUAACAACACAUCAAUAAAGACCAGCGUUACCAUAGAAAUCAGAUACCAGCCGAUGGAUGGCACGGUGGGAAUGUGGAGCGACGGGGAGUUCCUGGAAGUCCCUGAUGACCGUGACGGGAUGUUUGCCUUUGAAACUGACAGCCUGCUAUCUGGACAAAGCCACGGUUCAGGAAUGUCCCCUGGACGAUCGCUGCAGGGAUCCAUACCCACCUUCAGAAAAGCAGGGAGGGGAGUUUUCUCAGCAAUGAAGCUCGGCAAGAUCAAGUGCUCUAAAGACGAUCACAAGAAAGGAGAUGAGCCAGCAGUCCUGGACAUGGAGGACCUGGACAGGAAGGCGAUGCGUCUUGCUGGAGCACUGGACCCAGAUGCCAUCUCUCUGGCCUCUGUCACCGCCGUCACCACCAAUGUGUCAAAUAAGAGGUCAAAGCCAGAUAUCAAGAUGGAACCGAGCUCUGGCCGACCAGUGGAUUAUCAGAUCAGCAUCACUGUGAUCGAGGCUCGGCAGCUGAUAGGCCUCAACAUGGACCCUGUGGUGUGUGUGGAGAUUGGAGAUGACAAGAAGUACACAUCUAUGAAGGAGUCCACCAACUGCCCGUACUACAAUGAGUAUUUUGUCUUUGACUUCCACGUCCCUCCUGAUGUUAUGUUUGACAAGAUCAUCAAGCUCUCAGUGAUUCACUCUAAAAACCUUCUUCGGAGUGGGACCUUGGUGGGAACCUUCAAGAUGGAUGUUGGGACUGUUUACUCUCAGCCUGAACACCAGUUCUACCACAAGUGGGCCAUCCUGUCUGAUCCUGAUGAUAUCACCGCUGGAUGCAAAGGGUAUAUAAAGUGUGACAUUGCUGUGGUCGGAAAGGGCGACAACAUCAAAACCCCACACAAGGCCAACGAGACCGAUGAGGACGACGUAGAAGGGAACCUCCUGCUCCCAGAGGGCAUCCCAGCAGAGAGGCAGUGGGCCAGGUUUUAUGUGAAGAUCUACCGUGCUGAGGGACUUCCUAAAAUGAACACCAGCAUCAUGGCUAAUGUGAAAAAGGCCUUCAUAGGAGAGAACAGAGACCUGGUGGACCCCUAUGUUCAAGUGCAGUUUGCUGGGCAGAAAGGGAAGACUUCAGUCCAGAAGAGCAGUUAUGAACCAAUCUGGAACGAGCAGGUCAUCUUCACUGAACUGUUCCCUCCACUCUGCAAACGCCUGAAGGUCCAGAUACGAGACUCGGAUAAGGUCAACGACGUUGCCAUAGGAACCCACUUUAUUGACCUACGCAAGAUAUCAAAUGAUGGUGAUAAAGGAUUCCUGCCCACCCUGGGCCCAGCCUGGGUCAACAUGUACGGCUCCACUCGUCAGUACACUCUCAUGGACGAGCACCAGGACCUGAAUGAGGGACUUGGAGAAGGUGUGUCCUUCAGAGCCCGUCUCCUGCUCUCUAUCGCUGUGGAGAUCCUGGACACCACUUCGCCUGAGAUCAUCAGCUCCGCUGACGUUCAGGUUGAGACUGUCUCCAACAUCUCAGAGAGCGCCACAGGGAAAAUAGAGGAGUUCUUCCUCUUUGGUUCCUUCCUGGAGGCCACCAUGAUCGACAGGAAGAUCGGUGAUAAAACCAUAAGUUUUGAAAUCACGAUAGGUAACUAUGGCAACCAGAUAGAUGGUAUAAGCAAGCCCUCAUCAGCGAAGAAGAAGAAGAAGGAUGGGGAGAAUGAAGAGGAGGAGAGCGAGCUCAUCCAGAACUCCAGUGAGGACGAGGCGGACGAGGACGGGGACCUGGUCUCGGUCUCCUCAACUCCGCUCAUGAAGCCUGUCAUCACUGACAGGAAUUACUUCCAUCUUCCCUACUUUGAAAAGAAACCAUGUGUGUACAUCAAGAGCUGGUGGCAGGACCAAAGAAGACGACUCUACAAUUCCAAUAUGAUGGAUAAGAUUGCUGACAAGCUGGAGGAGGGUUUGAAUGACGUUCAGGAGGUCAUUAAGACAGAGAAGGCCUUUCCAGAGCGCAGACUCAGGGGAGUGCUGGAGGAGCUCAGCGUUGGCUGCAGUCGGUUUGUGACUCUGGCUAACAAGGAUGUGAACCUGGCAGGCAGAACCAAAUUGGAUCGAGAACGGCUCAAGUCCUGCAUGAGAGAGAUGGACAGCAUGGGCCAGCAGGCCAAGCAGAUUCGGACUCAGGUGAAGAAGAACACAGUCAGAGACAAACUCAAGCUGGCGCAGAACUUCCUGCAGAAGCUUCGUUUCCUCGCUGACGAGCCUCAGCACAGCAUCCCAGAUGUUUUCAUCUGGAUGAUGAGCAACAACAAGCGCGUCGCUUAUGCCCGGAUUCCAUCCAAAGACAUCCUGUACUCCAUAGUGGAUGAGGAAACUGGUAAAGACUGUGGUAAAGUCAAAGCUGUUUUCCUCAAGCUGCCUGGUAAGAAGGGGUUCGGUCCUGCAGGCUGGACCGUUCAGGCUAAGCUGGAGUUGUAUCUGUGGCUGGGCCUCAACAAGCAAAGAAAGGACUUCCUCAGUGGACUGCCUAACGGUUUCGAAGAGAUUAAAGCUGCUAAAGGGCACGGUCUUCACUCUGUCCCCCCUGUCAGCCUUGUCUACAACAUGAAGCAGGUGUUCCAGCUGAGAGCACACAUGUACCAGGCCCGCAGUCUCUUUGCUGCUGACAGCAGUGGCCUUUCAGACCCCUUCGCUCGGGUCUUCUUCUCCACACACAGCCAGGUUACUGAGGUCCUGAGCGAGACCCUGUGCCCUACGUGGGACCAGCUGCUGGUGUUUGACGAUGUGGAGCUGUUUGGGGAGGCCAGUGAGCUGAGAGACGACCCACCAAUCAUUGUAGUUGAAAUCUAUGACCAGGACACUGUGGGCAAGGCAGAGUUCAUAGGUAGGACGUUUGCGAAGCCCACCAUCAAGAUGUGUGACGAGCACUACGGCCCCCCGAGGUUCCCACCGCAGCUGGAGUACUACCAGAUUUACAGAGGGAACUACACUGCUGGGGAACUGCUGGCUGCCUUUGAACUUUUGCAGAUUGGUCAAGGAGGCAGGGCUGACCUUCCUCCCAUUGAAGGGCCGACAGAUUCUGAGCGUGGGCCCAUUCUUCCUGUGCCACUGGGCAUCCGCCCCGUCCUGAGCCGCUACCGCAUUGAGGUUUUGUUCUGGGGUUUAAGGGACCUGAAGAGGAUUAACCUGGCUCAGGUGGAUCGGCCUCGUGUUGACAUAGAGUGUGCAGGUAGAGGUGUUCAGUCUGUCCUCAUCCAGAACUACAAGAAAAACCCCAACUUCAGCACCCUGGUCAAAUGGUUUGAGGUGGACCUUCCAGAAAACGAGCUCCUGCACCCUCCUCUCAACAUCCGGGUGGUGGACUGUAGAGCGUUUGGCCGCUACAUCCUGGUGGGGUCCCACGCUGUCACAAGCCUGAGACGUUUCAUCUACAGCGCCCCAGACAAGAACUCCAACAACUGGGCUACUGCAGGUGACAUCGUCGUCAACAUGGACGCAGAGCCUCCAUUCCGAAAGAUGGACACCGUUGUCAAGUUAGACGCUAUGUCUGAUGCUGUUGUUAAAGUUGACAUGACUGAGGAGGAUAGUGACAAAGAGAAAAAGAAGAAGAAGAAGAAGAAAAAGAAGGGAGGAGCCGAGGAAGAAGAUGAGACAGACGAGAGUGUGCUGGACUGGUGGUCCAAAUAUUUUGCUUCAAUAGAGACACUGAAGGAGACCCUCAGAGCCCAGGAGGCGGCCCAGGCGGAGGCGGAGGAGAGAGAGGAUCUGGAGAUAGCAGCAGAGGCGGCAGACAUCAAACCUGAUGACCUUCUUCUGAAAGGCUCCAAGAUAAAAGAAAAGAGCAAAGAGAAGAGGAGCUCCAAGGACAAGAAGAAGAGUGGGGCUGCAGACGGGACUGAGAGACGACCGGUUAAAGCAAAAGUGGACGAGCUGGUGGUGUACAACAAGGAGCUGGAGACUGAGUAUGGCAACUUUGAAGACUGGCUUCACACUUUCAACCUGUACAGAGGAAAAGCUGGGGACGAUGACGAACACGCUCUGGAUGACGACAGGAUUGUUGGCAGAUUCAAGGGAUCCCUAUGCAUGUACAAGCUACCUCUGUCUGAGGAGAUCACCAGAGAGGCAGGAUUUGAUCCUAAUAUGGGCAUGUUCCAGAGCAUUCCACAUAACGAUCCAAUCAACGUCCUUGUCCGUGUCUAUGUGGUCAGGGCAACAGAUCUCCAUCCUGCUGAUAUCAAUGGGAAGGCCGAUCCGUACAUUGUCAUCAAGCUGGGCAAGUCAGAGGUCAAAGACAAAGAGAACUACAUCUCCAAACAGCUCAAUCCUGUAUUUGGCAAAUCUUUUGAUAUUGAGGCCACGUUCCCCAUGGAGUCAAUGCUAACGGUGUCUGUGUACGACUGGGACUUGGUUGGCACUGACGACCUGAUUGGAGAGACAAAAAUUGACCUGGAGAAUCGCUUCUACAGCAAAUACAGAGCCACCUGUGGCGUUUCUUCCAACUACUCUGUCCAUGGAUACAAUGUUUGGCGGGACCCCAUGAAGCCCACCCAGAUCCUGGCUAAGCUCUGUAAGGACGCCAAGAUCGAUGGGCCUCAUUAUGGGCCGGGAGGCAAAGUCAAGGUGGCGAGUCGAAUCUUCCUGGGAACAACAGAGAUUGAAGACGAGAAUGGUUUGAAGAAACAGACUGAGGAGCAUUUGGCUCUGACAGUGCUGAACCACUGGGAGGAGAUCCCAAGAGUGGGCUGCAAGCUGGUCCCCGAGCACGUGGAGACCAGACCCUUGCUGAACCCUGACAAGCCCGGCAUCGAACAGGGCCGGAUUGAGAUGUGGGUGGAUAUGUUUCCUAUGGACAUGCCUGCUCCUGGACCUGCGAUUGAAAUAUCGCCACGGAAACCAAAGAGAUAUGAGCUCAGGGUGAUUAUUUGGAAUACAGACGAAGUAAUACUGGAGGACGAUGAUUACUUCACUGGGGAAAAGUCCAGUGACAUAUUUGUCAGGGGCUGGCUGAAAGGGCAGCAGGAGGACAAGCAGGACACAGACGUGCACUAUCACUCCCUGACCGGUGAGGGCAACUUCAACUGGCGCUUCGUCUUCCCCUUUGAUUACCUCAUGGCUGAGGAGAAGAUCGUCAUCUCUAAGAAAGAGUCCAUGUUCUCCUGGGAUGAGACCGAAUACAAGAUUCCUCCUCGCCUCACGCUCCAGGUCUGGGAUGCCGACCACUUCUCCGCUGAUGACUUCCUGGGUGCGAUUGAGCUGGACCUGAACCGGUUCCCCCGUGGCGCCAAGACAGCCAAGCAGUGCUCCCUGGACAUGAUCCGAAAUGAGCAGGAGCUCCCCACCAUUUCCAUCUUCAAACAAAAGAGAGUGAAAGGCUGGUGGCCGUUUGUUGCCCGUGAUGAGAACGAUGAGAUGGAGCUCACAGGUAAAGUCGAGGCAGAGCUUCACCUGGUGACAGCAGAGGAAGCAGAGAAAAGUCCCGUAGGACUCGGACGAAAUGAGCCAGAUCCGCUGGAGAAACCAAAUCGCCCAGACACCACCUUCCUGUGGUUCCUGAGCCCGCUGAAAGCCAUCCGCUACCUGGUGUGCAACCGCUACAAGUGGCUGAUCAUCAAGAUCGUGCUUGUCCUGCUGCUGCUCAUCAUGCUGGGCCUCUUCCUCUACAGCAUGCCAGGCUACCUUGUCAAGAAACUGCUGGGGGCCUGAAAGCCUGCUGGGAGGCUGGGUGGGGGGGCAGGAGUCUCCCUCAGUCUCAGCAAAAAGGCGAUUUGGAGAUCCGAUUGCAUUAUUUCUCCUCUGUAAUUCGAUCUGAUCUUCCUGUACAGUUUGGCACCUUCGACCUUAUGCCCUGAGGAGAGAGGGAGAGAGCCAGACCCCCCGACCCCCCCAGUCAUGAGAAACACUAACUGUCCAAUCCUCUAUCCAAUCUGCAUCGGGCCUAACAGAUCUAAUGAUCAGUAUCCAGAUUUCCAUCCUUGAACUGACUACACGGCAGUCACAUGCCACCAAGUAGCCCCCGGCCUGUUUUAGAACGUCUUCUUUUCAAGCAACAUGACGAUGAAUGUCUCUCUGUCUGUUUAUACAGCUUUUAAUUUAUUUAUUUAUUUAUUAACUGUUGGGUCAGUGGUCAGACGACUGCAUGGACGUUCAUUUCAAGUGAUGCUGUAAGAUCUCCCAUUACUGCACCAAUGUCUGCUAUUGAUUUAGGUUAGUAGGGAACAAAUGAACAAUAUUUUUGGUAGCGCUCUUCUUUAACCCUGCAUACUUAGCAUUUAUAAGCACUAUAUAAACAUUUGAUAAAUGGUUUACUGUAUAACAUACACUUUAAUGUAGUUGUAAGAACGUAUAAGGACAUUUUAAGUGUUUAAGAAUGUACAGUAUGUGUCAACAAUAAUAACUUCUCCUGUGAAGACAUAUUUUACCUGUUUUACUAUAUUGUCAUUCAUUAUCUGUUUAUACACCAGCCUCCACUCAUGUGUGCCCACAAACACCUAAAUCUGCGUACAACUAUAUUAAACUGUGUUGUAAGCUAUUUAUUAAAUGUUUAUAUGCUGCUUAUAAAUGCUGAAUAUGGUUGGUUAAAUCAAAGUGUUACCGUUUUUUUUAACUGUUAUAGCUCUUGCGGUCUUUGCACACUUCAAGAAUAAUACUGAAGAAACAAAAAGAUGUCUAUUUUCCUGAUGAAAUUCAAUGAGAUAUAUAUAUAGAACAAGUUGACUUCAAAUUUAAACAAAUAAUAAAAAUGAUGAAUAAGCUUUCUACAGGGUUCAGUUAAACUGUAAGGUUUAAUCUCUUGCAUCAAAACAACCAAGCCAGACUUGGGUCAAACAGUGCUUGCAGAUAUUUUUUUUUUUUUGGUCCCAUUUUUUUUUAAUAAUGAACAUGUGGACCAUACAAGCUCAGCCUGUUCUCUCAGAAUUCCCUUUGUGCAGUCAGUAUUUUGUGUAAUUGUGUAAAUUCUCUUCAUGUCACCGUCCUGUGUCACAACAAUAAAAUCCUCACGGGAGAGUAGAACAUUUUAUUUAUAAAUAUCAUUUGACUGAAUUAAAAGUCGGCAAAUGCAACAAAUGCUUAUAUGUCAAAAUGCAUGCAUCCUUGUGAUGACCUACCACCGAGGUCAUGUGUGUUGGCAUGUCUUUCCAGCUCGACACAAACAUUACAGAUAAUAUCAAGGUAUGUUUAAAGUGCACUUGAGCGGAGUGGUAAAGGGGUCAGGGUUGGUUCUGGAAACUCAGAUGGUAUUGUUUGCAGUGUCCGUUAUCCACUUUUCCAAUUUUGCUUAUGCUUGACCUCAUUUGUGUUGCAGUCUCUGAUUAAGUGUUUCACCGAUUACAGUUGUUGUUUGCCCUGAACUUGCCUGUUUUUACGAUGACUUUGUGUAUUUAUAGAUCUGUUGAA